AUGUCCAACCUCACUACCAUUAUCGUGACUGGCGCUUCAAGAGGUCUUGGCCGUGCCGUCGCACUUCUUUCCAUAAAACAUUUCAAUAGUAACGUUUUAGCUAUUGCUCGUUCCGAAAAGGAUCUAAAUUCACUUAAAUUACAUGUAGAAAAUGAGCAUGGUCAUAAAGGGCGACUGGAAUUUGUCGUUGGUGACGUGAAUGAUAGUUCUGUAAUUGACACGGCUAUUAAGCAGUGCCUGUCUUCGUGGGGCCGGUUAGAUGGAAUUGUGACAAAUGCAGGAGUAAUUGAACCUAUUGGAACAAUUGCUAAUACUAAAUUGGAAGAUUGGAAAGGGCAUUUCGAUGUGAAUUUCUUUUCAAUCAUUUCUCUUCUCCAAAAGGCAAUACCACAUCUUCGUGAAUCUAAAGGUCGUGUUAUUACCAUAUCCUCAGGUGCAGCAUCUCACGCUUAUUAUGGUUGGGGUGCAUAUUGCACAUCAAAAGCAGCUCUUACCUCGUUGACCAGUAACUUGGCUAUCGAAGAACCUGAUAUCACUUCGAUAGCUAUUCGACCUGGUGCUGAACAUAUGCUAAAAGGAGAUUAUGAUAAGUUCGUUUCCCUGUACAAGAAUAAAAAUUUGGUAAAUCCUGAAGAACCGGCAUAUAUUAUUGCAGGCUUGGUGACGGGUCAGCCAAGUAAGGAAUUGAACGGCAAAUUUUAUAGUUGGGAUGAUCCAGAAUUGGCGGCCUUUCAAAAGAAAUGA